AUGCAGGCGCCAAUUGAGAGUGUUGAGGAUUUAGCCAAACAAACAAAAAUAAAAUAUGGAAUACAGGCAGGUGGAUCAACUGCACAAUUUUUUAAGGUUCCCUCAGUUUUUGUUAAUUCUUAUGCUGAAGGGAUUGAACGUGUUCGUACACACAAAGGGCGUUAUGCUUUUCUUUUAGAGGUAAAAAGAGAAAUUAAAAUUACAAAAAUAUGUACAUUUUUGAAGGCAACUGCAAACGAAUAUGCAAAUACACGAAAACCUUGUGAUACAAUGAAAGUUGGGGCUAAUUUAAAUAGUGUUGGGUAUGGGGUUGCUACUCCCUUUGGAAGUGAAUGGAAGGAUGUAAUUAAUUUAGCAAUUUUGGCCUUACAAGAAUUGGGGGAACUUAAAAAACUCGAAAAUAAAUGGUGGUAUGAUAGAGGACAGUGUGAUCAAGGAAUUACAGAUGGGUCUUCUGCAAGUUUAAAUUUAAGUAAAGUAGCUGGAAUAUUUUAUAUUUUAAUGGCUGGAAUGAUUGCCUCUAUGAUAGCUGCUUUGGGGGAAUUUCUUUAUCGUUCAAGAAUUGAAGCAAGAAAAGGGCAAAUUACUUCUAUGCAAAAUCUUCGUGACUCUCUCUGUGAUCAGCUUAAACUUUCUUUACAAGGAAAUGCUUUAAUUAAAGAUGGCUCUGCCCACGAAAUGUUAAAAAAACAAAAAAUUUCUUCUUUACUUCCCGCGAAUUAUUCAGAUCCAGGUCUACAGCCAUUUACUGGGGCUGGAUUAACCCCAAUAAAUCCUCGUCAAGUACCCCCACCAUAUUCAAAUAAAAAUUCGGAUGUUGAUCAGAGAAAGAAUAAUUCGGGACAUCGACAGAAAAUUCAAAGGCCAUACAAUACGGCUGUUUGA